GAAACUGAAAAACAAUAGCUUUAUAAAUAACGUUUAUCCCUAUACGUUUUCGGAAAGCCUCGACUUCAUGUGAUGGUCCUCAGUUUUCCUGAACUCGAAUCCAAAUGGGUCCUAGUCUCCCGCUGCAAAGGUUUAUAUUGCAACUACCUUCACUUUUUUUUACCAUGUAUCUGACAUGACAUUGUGACAGAGAUUGAUUUGUGUCAAGCCACUUAAGAUUUUAUUCACAAAAUAUCGUUUAACCCAUCAGUUUUGAUUGUUUUCUUUUGGAGACCUCCUCAAUUUCAAUGGAUGGAUUUGCUUCUGCAAGUGUGGACACAGCAGUUUUCUUGUCAGCUGCUGUACACAACCCAUGUGGCACAGAGUGUACUCAGGAUUUCUAUUCAGGAUCCAUUUUUCAAGAGGAGACAGUCCUGUCUGACAGAGAAAGCUCAGACGUGCCUGGGUCCAAGGCAAAUAAAUGCCGUCUAUGCGACAAGGUAUAUGCCCGGCCUUCCACCCUACGCACGCAUAUGCGGACCCACUCAGGAGAGAAGCCUUACCAGUGCCACAUUUGCAUGAAGUCUUUCUCACAGGAUGCAAAUCUAACUGCCCAUUUGCGAAUCCACUCGGGGGAGAAGCCUUUCAAAUGCUUGGUGUGCGAUCGAAGGUUUGCCCAGUCCUCCUCUGUCACCACACACAUGCGCACUCAUACUGGUGAGCGCCCUUAUCGAUGCAAAAUGUGUUCUCGGGGAUUUGCCGACAGCUCCACUCUGACCAAACACCUGCGAACUCACACAGGAGAGAAACCAUACAAAUGUAAGAUUUGUCAACUUAAGUUUUCCCAAUCAGGAAAUUUGAAUCGACACAUGCGUGUACACGAACACGGCAUGUAAGCAAGCAAGCUUCUUCCAAGCCGAGCUAAUACGUCCGCAAAUCCAAUAUUGCUUGCAUCAUGUAUAAUUUUAAUGAAAUAGCAUGUCUCCCACUAAUUGUUUUCCUGGGAAUCGCUAUUUAAGAUACCUUUUAGAAUCAUAAUUUUGCGCUCAAUUUUGAGCGAACGAGAAGAAUUAACUGAAUACAAUUUUUCCUAUGAAUUGUUUGUAGAAUUUGUUUGUUUAAAGACGCCGGCCCUUUCGAAUGUCUCAUGUCUGUCCAAUUAGUUUAUUUGUCAAAUUAGGAAAAGUCCUUCCUUCUCUUUUCCUUAUUCCUCCCCCCUCCCUCCCCUUCUUCGUUUUUCUCUCCCCCCCCCCUUAAUUUUUUGCUUACCCCACAAAUUGACUGUGUGAAAGAGGCUUAGCUGCUCUGAGAAAGUUCUAUGGUUUUUACUUCCGCUG